AUGCACCCAGGAACUACCACUACCACUGCCGAGGAGCAAGUCACCCGCGGCCUGCUCCUAGAGGCGCGGUACCGCCGACGCAUGGUGGAGGCCGCAAGGGAGACCGAUCUGGAACCUCCGGCUAUCACCGCGAUGCAUCGUGCUGCGGCGUCAGAUCUCUUGGCGCAGCGAUUCUCGCAGCAUUUCGCACAGCAAUUCGGUCAGCAAUUUGCGAAGCAAUUCGCGGAGCAAGAGUCUGCGAGGGAUGAGGAGAAUCGGCUGCUCCUCCGCUCCUGCGGUGAUGAUCACAGGUUCGGCAGAAGGCCGGCUGAUGAGGCGCAGCAGCAGCAGCAGCAGCAGCUACUGCUGUGGCGCCACCACAGGCUGCAGGCCCUGGCGGCGAGUCAAGGUGGGAAAGGCAUUCUCGCAGCACCACCACUGUGCGAGUUGGACUGUGGAGGGGAGGGAGACUUGCCAGGGUCAACCAUCCGCAUGCCAGUGGCAUCACUGCUGGAUGAGCAACGGCAUGUGGAGGAAGGCGAGUGGCGUUGCGUGCAAGAAGCAGGGCCGCUGAGGGGAACCGAUUCGGGCUGUACGAAUUGGGUGGGGGCGGAUGCGCGGCAGAGAACGUUUGAGAGUUCACGGCUGGAGGAGCGUGGCAGAGAGAAGCAGACGCCAUUGGAGAAAGUGCUGCUGCACUCGUGGUUCCAAUCAGAGCAGCAACGGGAGGCGGAGCAACAACGGGAGGCGGAGCAACAACGGGAGGCGGAGCAGCAACGGGAUGCAGAGCAUCAGUUCAUGGACCGGAAUUGUACGAGAAGGAAGAGGCUGUGCAGAGAGGAGGAGACGCUGUCGGCGCUACUGCUGGCGUCCCACCAGGCAGUCAUGCAGCAGCAGAGGGAGCAGCUCGAGCUGCACACCCUCCGUCCCUUCCGUCCCGCGCCUCGCUUCCGUCCCGCAUUCGCUCCUGCCGUAGCGCGCCUCCCUCCCGUGCCUCCCUUCCCUCUCCGCCGCUCGGUCCCCCUUCCCUACUCGGGGCUUCCCCCUUCCCAUCUCGUAGUUCCAACCCUCCAAUCCCUCCCCUUACCCAAUCUCCCGUCCCUCUGUCCCCCCUCUUCCGUCCCGUCUUUCCUACUUCCAUCCAUCCCUUUUCCGCCUCUCCCCUCAUUCUCUUCCACCUGUCGCUCACGCACACCCAUCGCUCCCGACUUCCCCCUUGAGUCCCCCAUUCCCUUCCCUCGCCCUCCGCUCACUUCCCUUGCCUCUCGUCUCGUAUCCUCCCUUCUCCCUCUGCCCCUACCCUCCCGUCGUGUGCCUGAAUUUUCCCUGCCCUCUGUUCCCUUCUCCUCCCUUCCCAAUUUUUUCUACACUCCCCUCCCUCUCCCUCCACCACUCCUCUCGCCCGUAUCCCCACACACUGAACCCCCCUUCUUCCCUUCCCUGCACAACCUCCUCCCUUCCUUCCCUUCUCUCACUGAACCCCCCUUUUUUCCUUUCUUCUCAUUUCCUCUCUUCCCCAUCUUCUCCUCUCCUUCCCUCACUCUCAGCCCCUCACUCUUUGCCUCUCCUCCCCUCUCUCUCUGCUGGCCCCUUCGCUCCCGCUCGUUGCUCCGUUGCUCCCUCUCUGCCCCUCUUCCUUGA